UUAAUUGAGGAGAUAGCAAUAGGAAGAAUAUGCUUGGAAUUGAUCCUUUCUCUAUCACAACGUUUCUUGGCGUACUAGGACUAGCACACUCACUUCUAGAGCCAAUCCCUCUUCCUAACGAUUUACAAGAAUGUUACAAAUUCCGUUCCUUUAACAUGACGCCAUCAGACUCGGCUGCCAUUAGAAUUCAGAACUUUUGCUUUAGAAAUUACGAAUACAAGCAAAUAGCUGCUGGUAAGAUUUGGUCUGGUCCUAACAUUACAGAAGAAGGAAUUAACUACAUUGAUGGCUUAUUCCGGCAAAUAUUUACUGAAGCCAGAGAAAUUGAAGCUUACUACAAAGGUGGACGUCACAAAAGACAAGCAACCCGUCCGUGGCGAUACAGACAGGAAGUGCGCAGUGGGAAUGCUUUUCGGCGGUUCGCAAAUUGCAUAAACCGACUUCAAAAUCAGUUCGUAGAACCUCGUAGUACCGGGCGCAACACGUAUCAAACCCUGGCUGUUUUUCACUCCGGACCAGCAUUGGGGACGGCUCAUGAUGGACCUGGUUUCACUCCUUGGCACAGAAUAUAUUUGCUGCUUUUAGAGUCAGCAUGUGGAGUUCCUGUUCCUUAUUGGGAUUCUUCAGUGGAUCAUGAUAUGCAGGACCCGACAUUGUCUGUUCUUUGGAGCGACCAGUUCUUUGGAAAUGGCGACGGAGUUGUUAACAGCGGGCCUUUUAGAAAUAUGCGUACAAUUCUCGGGGGUUCAGUAAUCAGAAACAUAGGAACAGGUGACAGCGCCUUGUUCACCAAAGAAGGUCUUAGAGCAGUUCUUAGUCAAACAAAUUACGAGGACAUAAUGGAGCCAAAACAAGGAGCAGAAUAUAUGUACAGUUUGGAAGGUCACCAUAAUGGCCCACAUGUAUGGGUUGGAGGUCACAUUUCUAGCCUGAACACUGCGCCAUAUGAUCCAGUGUUUUACAUGCACCAUGCAUUCGUUGAUGCUGUCUGGGAAAGAUUUCGAGAACAACAAAGGGCUAACGGAAUAAAUCCAGAAACAGAUUACCCCGCCACUUUUCCAGUUGGACACGGUCCGAAUGAUUUGAUAGAUUUCAGACCAUAUAUUAAUCAAAUACCGAAUAGCUUUGCCAUGUUAAAUUUCAUAGCAAAUCUUGCAAGAUACGAACCUUUCCCAACAUGUGGAAAUCAAUGUAAUCGAAGUCCCCAUUUGUAUUGCGACAGGAGUCGGCCCCAACCAGUCUGUGUAUCACGAGAACGUAGAGGUGCACGUCAGCAAAUGUUUCAAGUUGGUGCUGCAUCUAGAAGCGCUGCAUUUAGUCGCACUGCAACAUCACAAGUAACCUCACAAUCUAUGGCCGCUGCUCAGGCUGCAGGACCUAUACCUGCUGGUCCAAAGUUCCGUGCCUCGCCAGUUCGUGAUACACGGAAUCGACAAAGCAGCAUUGGAACAGCUCCUGUUUCCCCACAAAUACAGGCUGCCAGAGCACAGGUCAGACAAGUUGUUAACGCACGUGUUCGACGUGAUAUCUCUGAAGCAUCUCGAAACAGUACAUUUAGCAGUGAUCAUCACCAGCCCGUUUCUUCUCUUCAACGAUCCUUUACUAAUACCUUUUUACUGGAUGGAAAAGUAGAUCUAAAGAGAUGGGUCUACGUGCCAAUUCGUAUCAUGUAUACUAGAUCUCCCAAUGUAGCCGGUAUCGACCCAACGAUACUUCAAAAUGUAGAUUUGUCUAAAGACACUUGCCAAGCAGCUAAAUCAGGCGCUUCAAAAGUGUUUGUAGCUUCUAAUGGUUUGAAUUAUUAUGGUUCAUAUAAAGAAUUUGUGAUAAUAGAUGAAAGGCAACCGGUUUCCAUUACUACAGCUGCUGUAGGGAUAAAGAACCCGGAUUAUGGUGAAGGAGAGGUUCUGUUCACUGCGCAUGACUCUUGUGGAAGACCAUGUCGCCCUCUGUGUUUGACGGAAACCAAAGGACAACAGAAAUAUAAAGCUUGUUCUGGGACGUUUAAGAUCUCUGCUGCUCACCCAGAAAUGUAUAGAUCUACAUAUAAGGAAGCUCUCGGUGGUGAUUUGUUGUCACAAAACACUUUUGCUUGUGAUUAUAAUAAGAAAUGGCCUUGGGAAUAUUAA